GAAGCACUUUGUCAAUCGAUAUCUCGGCUAUCUUGUAUUGAGUUUUCUUUGGUCUGUGACUAGUUCUGUGCUGGCGAAAUAAUCGGAGGAGAAAGCGUAAAUUCCUGGUGAAUAUAUCUGCCGUGAAAAUGUCGGACAACGAGCAAAAGGGCAUACAGCUCAUGGCUGAGGCCGAGAAGAAGCUGAAUCAACGAGGAUUUUUGGGAUCAUUGUUCGGAGGAUCUAAUAGGGUUGAAGAUGCGAUUGAAUGCUACCAGCGAGCUGGCAAUCUGUUCAAGAUGUCGAAGAAUUGGGCUAAGGCAGGACAGGCCUUCUGCGAAGCUGCAAAUUUACAUGCGAAGGCAGGCAGUCGUCAUGACGCAGCCUCCAACUAUGUUGACGCAUCAAAUUGUUACAAGAAGAACGACUUGGAGGAGGCGGUAGCGUGCCUGCUGAAGGCAAUCGAAAUCUAUACAGACAUGGGGCGUUUCACUAUGGCUGCGAAGCACCACCAGAGCAUUGCCGAGAUGUACGAGGCUGAUCCCAAUGGUUUGGAACGCGCGGUGCAGCACUACGAGCAAGCCGCGGACUACUUCAAAGGCGAGGAAUCACUUAGCUCCGCAAAUAAAUGUCUACUGAAAGUAGCACAGUAUGCGGCUCAACUCGAGCAAUACGAUAAAGCGAUCCAGAUUUAUGAGCAAGUCGCCGCCUCGUCCCUUGAAAGUUCCCUGUUGAAAUAUAGCGCGAAGGAAUACUUCUUCCGAGCAGCGUUAUGCCACCUAAGUGUAGACAUCCUGAAUGCUCAGCACGCGUUGGAAAGAUACGCACAGCAAUAUCCGGCCUUCCAAGACUCGCGGGAGUACAAGUUUAUCAAGACCCUAUGUGAACACUUGGAAGAACAAAACGUCGAAGGAUUCACUGAUGCCGUUAAAGAUUAUGACAGCAUUUCCCGAUUGGAUCCGUGGUACACAACGAUUUUACUCCGAAUUAAAAAGCAAGCCAACGACAAUCCUGAUUUGCGAUAAACACUUAUUCAUUCAAUAACAAAACGAAAAGAAAAAAAAAAACAUAGAAAGUAAUUGAGGUAUCGAGUAAAGACACUUUAAGAAAAAUAAGGAAAAUAAACUCAUGUUCUGAGAAAAAUACUUCCGGCAGAGAAUAAAAUGUUUUAAUUAGUUCUACAGUAAAAGAAAACAAUAAAUAUCCACAAUUACUCCUCGCGAGGGGAGAGAUGAAGGGAAAGUUAUAUAAUUAAUAAAUUGAAGCAAACAGGAUUAUUCCAUACAUUUAAAUAAUUCACUCCUUGAAACUAAACAAUAUUGCGUACAUACGAGUAAUUGCUAGGCAUGUGAUCACUUAAUAUAUUCUCGGCUUUGCAUAUUUUUGUGAUAUUCAGUUCAUUUAUGAAGGACCGCACUAUAAACUCUUCUAAAGCAUGCAGACUACUAUAUAACUUGAUUCCGAGUUAUGCAAUAAAGUACCAAAAGAUGACAGGAGAAAUGUGGAUAAACCGUUUCGCGACUGACUAUGCAUAUGAACAACGGCAUUGUUAACAAGUUUUUGAGUUGUUUCUCGUGGUUUGCAUUGUUGUAAAUAUUUUCCAAUUAUUUUAAUUAAUAGUUUAGCGUUCUUAUGGACUAUAUGGCAAAUGUGCUCGAAUGCCUGAUUUGUUGACUUUUGUUAUUAGCGUUACUUCCUACGAAAUAUAUUCCGUUGUAUUUUUGAACUUAAAUUGUUAGUAGUCAUCAAAUAUUCAAUUUGUAAAAUGUUCGAUAGAAGAGUGCUUCAUGGCCAGUUUGAUGAAUCGUUCAGGGAAAAGGAUGUUCAAAUUCAGUAGUUUGGAAGCAAUAGUGAUCAGUCAGUUAGGUGACAUUCGAAUACUGCUUGGUACUUUAUUAUUUAAUUCACAUCAGAUUUAUACGUAACUGUGUCCAUGAUGUACCAGAAUGGAAACCUAAGGGAUUGAUACUUAUCGGGUAUGGAUAGGAGCCUAAUAAUCUAUGAUAGUGUUAUUAGCAGCAUUCUCUGCCGACCGGUGGGGAAUAGAUAGACAACCAUUGGAAUUUCUUUGGAUUUAAACUGCAACAUUCAAAUUGAGCGAGUUCAAACUUGAAAGCAUUUAACCAAAAUGAACAUUAUAUUAUAAAACUCUAUACUAUAUUAUUAUUAAUCAUAUGGGUUUCGUAAUAAAUAAAAUUCCUAACGAAAA